AUGCGUUUUCAUCUAAUUUUCGUGUUCGCUUUAUUCUUGGCUGUGGUACAUGCUCAAGCAGUUCCUUCAACUGGCGGUAACAAUGAAGUGCAACCUUUAAUUGUGGGUGUUUUUGAAGGAAUUAAGCCAGAAGGUGUCAAAAGCGAAGAGGAUGAGGAAGAAGAAGAGGACGAUGAUCAGGAUGUUGUAGUGCAAGAUGCUGAAGAUGACGAAGAUGAAAAUGGUGAGGAUGAGGGAGAUAAUAAUGAAGAUGUUGAGGAAGAAGAAAGUAGUGGUGAUGAUGAUGUAGAAGAUAAUGAAGUAAAUGGUGACGAUUCUGAUCAAAAUGUGGAUAACGAUGAAGAUGAUGACGUUGUUGAAAAUGAUGAGGAAAACGACGAUGACAACCAAUCUGUCGAAGAGGACAAUGUUUCAGAAUCACAUCACAUUCCCAAACCUAGACCUUUACCACCACAUCAACGUCACAGCUUUUUAAGAGGACAAUUUCAAAAGAAAAGAGAAUAA